CAGGCCGCGAAGCAGCUGCCGUCCUGCCGGCGUUUAACGGACGUCGCGGGGAGCUUUCCAUAACCCUUCAGAUGAUUUAAUGCCUCAGCGUCUCAGGAUGUGGCCCUUCAGAUGCCGGAAGGUCUCCUCAUGUUUGCCUGCACCAUCGCCGACAUCAUUGAGAGGUUCACGGGGGCCGAGGCCAUGGUGAUGGGCGACGUGACCUAUGGUGCGUGCUGCGUGGACGACUACACUGCCAGGGCGCUCGGCGCAGACUUCCUGGUGCACUACGGACACAGCUGCCUGAUUCCCAUCGAUGCCACGCAGGGGAUGAAGAUGCUGUACGUGUUCGUGGACAUCAAGAUCGACACGUCUCACUUCCUUGAGACCGUGCGCUUCAACUUCCGCCCGGGCGCCCGCCUGGCCCUCGUCAGCACCAUCCAGUUUGUCUCGGCCCUGCAGGCUGCCUCGCAGGAGCUGCGCCCGGACUACGAGGUCUGCGUCCCGCAGUGCAAGCCGCUGUCCCCGGGUGAGAUCCUGGGCUGCACGUCCCCCCAGCUGGCACAGGACACGGAUGCCAUCGUGUACCUGGGGGACGGGCGCUUCCACCUGGAGUCCAUCAUGAUCGCCAACCCCGGGAUCCCUGCCUACAGGUACGACCCCUACAGCAAGGUCUUGUCCCGGGAGCACUACGCCCACGAGCGCAUGCAGCGCGCCCGCCAGGAGGCCAUCAGCACCGCCGCCCGGGCCCGCACCUGGGGGCUGAUCCUGGGCACGCUCGGGCGCCAGGGCUCCACCCACGUCCUGCAGCACUUGGAGGCGCGUCUCCAGGCCCUGGGGCUGCCCUUCGUCAGGGUGCUGCUGUCUGAGAUCUUCCCCAGCAAGCUGCAGCUCUUCCCCGACGUGGAUGCGUGGGUGCAGGUGGCCUGUCCCCGGCUCUCCAUGGACUGGGGAGAGGCCUUCAGCAAGCCGCUGCUGACGCCCUACGAGGCUGCCGUGGCGCUGAAGGAGAUCGAGUGGCAGCAGACCUACCCCAUGGAUUUCUACGCCAACCAGUCCCUGGGAGCCUGGACUCCCAAUCACGCCAGUCACCAGCCCCAGCGGGGUCCCCGCCGGCCAGCACAGAAGCAGGAGGCUGGGCCGCCUGGCGUGAAGGAGCCGUGCCGUGACUGCCGCUGCCCGGACACAUCGCCAUCGCCAGCACCACGUCCCGAGGCCCCAGGCGCCGCCGGCAGGCCCCAACCCACGGAGCAGCAGCCGGGACCCAAAUGCACAGGGACAAACUCUCCUGACGCGGGCACUGGUGAAAAGGGCCUGGUCGCCAGCCCGGUGGAGUGACUGCUGCCCUCGGUCUGUGCCCGGGGGAGGCAGGCAUGCGCGGGGCAGGCAGCUCCAGCCCUUGGCGCCUGGCCCUUCCCCGGGCAGGACGGGGUUGUCUAGGGCUGGUCCUGCCCUCUGCCCCCCAGGCCGUUGUGCUGGCGCCUUUGGUGGUGGGAUGGAUGGAGGAAAUGCUGGACCCGCGCCGUGGGUCACUGGCCUCUGCCGCCACGCGCUGCAGGGUGGUGGAGAUGCACAGCGUGUGGCUUGCAAUCCCGGCUGCACGGAGGCCUGGCCAGGCGCCCGGCUCUGCCCUGGGCCCUGCUUCUGGGCAUGCAGCGCCCCGCUGUCUGCUGCACCCCGGAAAUAAACCCUCAACCCGCUGCCUCCGCUCUGCUUGUCUCC